UGUGUUGGAAAAACUGGAAAGUGCGUCUCUGAAUCAGUGAUAGUUGAUCGCGUACAUUCGGCCGGUAGCGUUUUCGGGUUUAGUUGCUUCCGUUUUUGCGUAAUCAUUAUCGCGAUCGGUGGUGAUCGAUCUUCACCCCUCGAUUUAGUGUGCUCGUGUAGUGUCAUUGCGGAAAGCCAGUCUGGUACAAGAAAUCUUUAUGUACUGUCCGUGACUACGUUAUGAGUGUAUUUUGGGGUUAGAUAACGAGUAACGAGAGAUGGUAAUCGAUUUACAUUGUGAAUAUUCUGUGACUUUUGGAUAAGAUUAGUUUAUGAAAGUGUUAAGAAUCAUUAGUGAACAUUCAGGAAAAUAGUGAAAAUUCAUGAAGGAAAUGACGCAGACUCAAGCAAAGCCAACCGUACCGAUGCAACCGGCCGUCCGGCGGCGAAUGUCCCGCCACGGUUCGGUUCUGAUCGAAACGGCACCGCGUCAAAUCCCGUGGGACCUUAUCGACCGGCUGCUGUUGCCGAUUAUUGGCUGUCAUGCGGCCGCCAUCAUCGUUUCCAACGUGCUGAGCUUUCUCGGAAUUUGUCAACUGUCCGCCUUUCCGCUGUUUUUCUUCUUCUCCAUCCUGGUGGUCAGUGCGGCGAUUGGUUUCCACAGUCUUAAGGUUUCUCCGCUGGGAAAGAGCGUUCUCCUGACCGGCUGUGAGUCACUGUUGGCUCGCGCUCUGGCCAGAAGAUUGGACGACCUUGGUUUCACGGUGUAUGCUGCCUUCAAGAAUCUGGAUGAAAACAUCGAAGCCGGCACGCUGAAGGCCAUCUCGUCUGGCCGGUUGAAAACGAUACAGCUGGACGUUACCUCCGAAGUGCAGAUGCUGGAGGCUUCGCUGUACAUCACCGAACACCUGCCGGAGGGAGCCGAGGGGCUGUGGGCACUGGUACACUGCGACAUGUGGUGUGCCCUUGGAGAGCUCGAAUGGAUUCCGUUCCCGGUGCUGCGAAAGUCGUUCGAUGUCAAUGUUUUAGGAGUUUCCCGUCUAACCCAGAUCAUGUUACCGCUGAUUCGUCGGGCCGGUGGCCGUGUGGUGUUCCUAUCAUCGGCCAUCGCCCACAUUCCGUCACCGGUUCGGGGAGUUCAGUGUGCCACCCAGGCUGCCAUCGAGGGACUGGCGUCGUGUCUGCGUCACGAGCUAAAGCAACGCACCGUCGAUGUGUCGAUCAUCUGUGCCAGCGAGUUCGCUUCCGGCAAUGCCUGGCUGGACGAUAAGAUGAUGCUGGAUCAGGCUAAAGCCAUGUGGGACAUGCUGAGCGAUGAGCAGAAGACGGAAUACGGCGAGGACUACUUCGAGCAGGCGAUUCGUUCGUUGGACAAAUUUACGAACACUGACGGUGACUUCCACUCCACGGUACGCGCUUUGACCGACUCCAUCAUCCGCUCGUUCCCGCUGUUCCGUUACACGCCGUUAUCGCGUUACGAAAAGCUCCAGACCAUCGUCGCCGAGCAUCUGCCGAGACCGGUGUACGAGUUGUUCUACGAAAAUUAAUUCGAAACUGUCUAUUUAGUAGCUUCCAAAGCUUAACAGGCCUCAUAUUUACCGUAACACAUGGUGUUUGUGUUUUUCAUAUUCUGUAGCAAAGUUGGCGUGAAUAUUAUAGCAAGGCAGUGUGCUUGGUAGCUUGGCAAGGAUUAGGUGGCUUUUAGAUCCUGACUAAUUGAGUGUUUGGUGUUAUAAAGGGAAACUUAUAGCUUAGAAUUCCCGUGAAUCUGUCAAACUUUGAUAGCGGAUUGAUGGAUUGGACAAUUUUACGGAUGACUAAAACAAUAUUAUUUACAACUAUUAUUAGAAGAGGAAUUUUCGGUUGAAUCAAUAUUGCGUUUUCUAAUAUAAUAGGCGUAUCGCAACUAUUCUGCAUAAUCAACAUAUAAAUGUUUGAAAAAUAAGCAAAUACUGAUGCGAUUAGUAUGUUUUAUAGAACAACUUUAUUUAUCUGUGUGCUUGGAAAAGUAGUUUUAGGACAAUGAUGAAAUGAUUAAAAUUAAAUGGUAUUAUCAUAUAUGGGUCACGUUUUCUGUUAAAAUCAUAAGAUAUUUAAUAUUUACAUUAUCACACAAUGGGCGCGAGCAGUGCAAGCUUUAAAAUUACAUAUUUGCUGCCAUCUCGUUGAAAUCGUCGAAAACUGCCCGUUCCGAGUUUUAGCGUAACACCCUGUAACAGCGUAACAGUAGAAAAACCAGUGUGCUUUGAUUAGGAACGACUCUGUGUAGGUUUGUUUGUUGAUCCAACUGUCAGAAGCAUUUGUUUAUACCGCAACUAGUGAGCGGCAAUGAAAAGUAAAAAAUAGCAGUAGUUUAGUGUGAAGUUAGUGCAGAGACAGCGAAUGUGUUUUUCCAAGGGGGAACUGUUCAAUAAAGAUUACUGAAAGUUUCAAA